UACUGACUUGUUCUAAAUUGAAAUAGGCUACGACUGCAGCAUAUGGCAUUGAAGGACUUCCUGACAAAGAGGGAGAAGUUAGGAGAUUCUUCCCUGGAUAUUUCCCAGGGAGAAAAGCUUCCAUCUGGGAAGAAUCACCCAGGAUGAAGGGAGUUGGGUCAAACAAGGCUCCCAAAGGACCUGGUCAUCUCAAGAAGCCUGUCCUGCCACCUAAGACUGUCGAGAUGACAGUGACCCCUGCUUCCCAGGUUCUCUUGGGAAACCUGCCUGUAGCUCCCAGGGCCCUAGGGGGUCAUCUCAGGCAAGGCAUCUGGGGAGGAAUCCCCUUCUCGUGGCCUUAGGAUUCAGGUCCCCCUGCCCAUCCACCCCUCAGAGAAGUGUGUUUGUGUCCCUUUUUCUGUCCCUCUCCCUCACCACCACCCUCGACAUUCCAGCCUAGGGCAGGGGGAGGCCAGCAGACACAAAGCCCUCUGUGUAUGGGGUGGUAUGUGUACCCCACCCUCCACCCAGAGGACACAAUGCUCCUUCUGCUCCCUGCAGUCAGCCCCCUACCACCACCUCUCAACUGCACAUGCCAGGCUGCAAUUGGUUACUGGCUCAGGACAGCCCCCUCAUACUGGGGCCCUGGGGGAUUUUAAGCGGGUUCCAGGAACCCCCCGCUCAGUUCCUGGUCCCCCACUCUCCCAACCCUGCAGACCCUGCCCCAGCUAUGGCUCCUGGGGCUCCCUCGUCCAGCCCCAGUUCUAUCCUGGCCGCACUGCUCUUCUCCUCAUUGGUGCUGUCCCUGGCCCAGGCCAUUGUCGUGUACACGGACAGGGAGGUCCAUGGCGCUGUCGGCUCCCGAGUGACCCUGCACUGCUCCUUCUGGUCCAGCGAGUGGGUCUCGGAUGACAUCUCCUUCACCUGGCGCUACCAGCCCGAGGGGGGCCGCGAUGCCAUCUCAAUCUUCCACUUCGCCAAGGGGCAGCCCUACAUCGACGAGGUGGGGACCUUCAAGGAGCGCAUCCAGUGGGUAGGGGACCCGCGCUGGAAGGACGGCUCCAUCGUCAUCCACAACCUGGACUACAGCGACAACGGCACGUUCACCUGUGACGUCAAGAACCCCCCGGACAUCGUGGGCAAGACCUCGAAGGUCACACUCUACGUCUUCGAAAAAGUGCCCACGCGCUACGGGGUGGUGCUGGGCGCGGUCGUCGGGGGCGUGCUGGGCGCGGUGCUGCUGCUGCUGCUGCUCUUCUACCUGGUGCGGUACUGCUGGCUGCGCAGGCAGGCGGCCCUGCGGCGGCGGCUCAGCGCCAUGGAGAAGGGGAAGCUGCACAAGUCUGGGAAGGACUCCAAGCGCGGCCGGCAGACGCCCGUGCUGUACGCCAUGCUGGACCACAGCAGGAGCACCAAGGCGGCCAGUGAGAAGAAGUCCAAGGGGCUGGGGGAGUCUCGCAAGGAUAAGAAAUAGCGGCACGUCAUACUCUCCCCCACCUUCACCCCCUGGCUUUCUGGGAGUCCAGGGCCUGAUCCUACCCUGCACCGCCCCCAAGGACUGUGUGUUUGGUGCCUGUCCCUCCGGCACCGAGAAGAAAGGGACCUUGCUACCCCGCGCCUCGACUCCAGGCCACCUGCACCCGUGCCCCUGCACCCAGCCUGUCCCGCUGCCUCUUCCCUCCCUGCCCCUCCCACCCCUCCGUCAGGGGCCCUGCCCUCCUGUGUGCUCUCAGCUAACACCGGGUCAUCCAGAUCAGCCGCCCUGCAGGGUUUAUUUCGGUUCUCUUAUUUUUUUAAUCCAAGCUUGUUGGUUGGUUUGCCGGUGCCCUUGCUCUGACCCCCAUGACUGAGUACCAAUGACGUCAUGUGGAUGUUUGGAUUCCCCGCCCCCAUUACGUCCUUCAGGGAGUCCGCCGCGCAGGGCCCCCGACGCCCGCCCUCUGGCCGGCCGCUCCGAGCACUGUCCUGGGGCCCGAGGUCCUGGGGGAGGAGGGACAACGAUCCUCAGGUCAGGAGUUGAGGAAAGGGGCAGAUGAGCCUUAAGAAAUGGCUUUUAAACAACCACACAGAAAGGAGGAAAACAAAUGGGAACUAGGGUGAAAGGGAAGAGGCCACACUCCCAGCCACAGGGGAUUCUUAGAAUUUUUCUACAUUCUGUAUAUUUCUUCUCAACCCCCGAAUGUCCUCAUAUGUUUAAUAAACACUGACAUUUCCAGAAG